ACACCUCUCCUUACUCCUAAAAAGCUUUUAUUAUUAUUAUUAUAUUGUGUUGUGGUCAUGGUCCAAAACUGGCUCAGACCCUUCACGUUUCACUUCCACACCUUCCUCACGAAUCAAUCAGUUCACAUUUAGCACGUAGCCGCUGCAUACAUCCCCUUUCUUAUUUCCUCCCACCGUCCAACUCCACCUCCUGCUGCAGGAAAGGAGGGCCUUGAGGAGCGGACCAUGGGGCGACUCCACUCCUCUCCUCCCUUCAAACCAUCAACAAGGCUACACGCACACUUGCCUCUCUCUCUCCUAGAAGAGCUCCACUCCUCUGACCUGACGCAGCAUGGGCAAAGUGAACGUCUGGGUGAAGCGCGGUUUCAUCGCGGCGACCGCCGUGAGCGGGGCCAUCAGUGUCCUGCUGCUGGCCUUCACCCUGUUUAGCCACGGAUACUACCACGAAGACGAAGAGCUGGAGAACGUGAUCGUGGCCCUCCAUGGCAUGUACGUCAUUUCCAUCCUAACCCUGCUCAUCACCAUCGCCGGCAUGUUCGGGGCCCUCAAAAAAAAGAAGUGGGCGCUGAUACUGUUUGCCGUUGGGAUGAUCCUGGGCAGUCUGUUCAUGAUGGGCUGUUUAAUCAACGCGCUGGUUGCUCGACCUCAGGUGGCUAAGGAGAUGAAGAGGCAUUUCCUGGACGCGUUUCACUUGUCCAACUCCAGCAGGAGCUUCCUGGAAGGCUUCAAGGGGGCGGAGAUCGAAUUCCACUGCUGCGGCCUGGACCAGGGCUACCUGGACUGGGGCUACGACAUCCCCAAGUCGUGCGUGUGCGCGGAGACGUCCACGGCGCCCUGCGUGGCCGCCCCGCGGAACAGCAGCUUGGCCGAGAAGCACACCGGCGACGAGCCCGUCAUGAUUUACGGAGAGCCAUGCAUCCCCAAAAUUAUAGAUCGUACACUGGGCAUGUUGGGCAUUUUGUUGGGCGUAAUCUUGGGAGUCACCUUACUCUGGGUUCUGGCGGUCGUGCUGUGCGUCAUCAUCUUGUGUCAGCUGAGCCAGAAGGUGGCCACCCCCACCGUGGAGUUCAACCACGAGGCCAAAGCGGGCGUCUACACCAUCCUAGUGGACCCCGACGACACCUGAGCCCCCACGUGUGAGUGUUGGCUGCUCUUCACGUGUGUUGGUGUUCGGUAACAAGGGGAUUUGUACAAACCUUGGUGUAUUUAUGAUUUUUGAACAUGUUGGUCAUUUUUAUUGCCGGGGUUUUAUUAUGUUUAACCAUUUCUAUUGCAUAAAAAAUUGCAUAAAAAUAAGAUAAAUAAUAAAUGUAAAUUCAUAAAAAAAUGUGAACAUGACAUAACUUUUUUAUCCAAAAAGAAUUUAUUGCAUUUUAGUGACAAUAAUGAAAUAAGGUCGUUAGGGAAAAAAGCAAACAAGCGCUGAGGAAGAUGUGACAUCUUACAGUACAGAUGUAGACAAGUUGUAAUUAGUUUAUCUGAAAUGCCAUGUUUUGCUAAAUUGAAUGUAAAAAUAUUAUUGUUUCAUGUAUUUUUAUAUGUGUGUGUUUGUGUCUCUGUAACCUACUCAGUACAUUUUUAUAUUACAUGACCAGGUGCUUCUGUUCAUGGCCCAGAGAAACAACGAUGAAUAUUAAAGAAAUUAACCCAAAA